AUGUUGAGCAAGAGGCUGUUCUCGACGUUCCGGGUGCUGCAACAUGAUAAUCCCUUGGGCCUCCCCCGCUCCGGCACGCCGCCCUCAUUCCCUCGCCGCCGCGGCCUGCCCGAGAAGCGCAAGAUCCGGGAUGUGAAGAAGGUGAUUGCCGUCUCGUCGGCAAAGGGAGGCGUAGGGAAGUCGACCAUCGCCGUCAACCUGGCGCUGGCAUUCGCGCGGCGCGGCAUCCGCACCGGCAUCCUCGACACCGACAUCUUCGGGCCCUCGAUCCCGACCCUACUGAAUCUGAGCGGCGAGCCGCGACUAGAUGAGAAUAACUGUCUCCUCCCAUUAACAAACUACGGCCUAAAAUCAAUGUCAAUGGGCUACCUCCUCCCACAACCUUCCCCCCCCUCUUCCACCCCCCAAUCAUCCCCAGACCCAAAUCCAAUCCCAAUGGACAGCACCCCGAUCUCCUGGCGCGGCUUAAUGGUCACAAAGGCAAUGCACCAGCUCCUCCACAGCGUAACCUGGGGCGCCCUGGACGUGCUCUUCCUAGACCUCCCCCCGGGAACCGGCGACGUCCAACUAACCAUAAACCAAGAGAUACAGCUCGACGGCGCGGUGGUGGUGACCACGCCGCAGGACAUCGCGCUGCGGGACGCGGUGCGCGGCAUCGGCAUGUUCCAGCGCAUGGACGUGCCCGUGCUGGGCAUGGUGCGCAACAUGGCGUUCUUCAGCUGCCCCUGCUGCGGCACCGCCACCGAGAUCUUCGGCCACGGGCAUGCGCACCUGAAGGGCAAGGAGGAGGAGUGGGGCGUGCGCGCCGAGUGUCGCAGGCUCGGCGUCGAGUUUCUCGGCGAUGUUCCGCUCGAUGGUGCCGUUUGUGCGGAUGCGGAUCGCGGGGUGCCGACUGUUGUGGCUGAGGAAAAUAAUCCGGACAGUAAGCGCCGGGGUGCGUUUUUGGAGAUUGCGGAGCGGGUUGCGGGGAGGGUUGGGGUUCAGUGGUAG